AACCUAAUAUUUUUCCCAAAAGUCUGGCAACACUGCGUUACCGAUCAUUAAAUGGUAACGUACAUUCCGAUUAAUCGUAUGUAUCGAUACAAAUCGAUUUCCUCACUGAUGCUGGCGUUCCAACAAAAUUAAGACCCGGUUCAGAUAUCAAUAGCAAUAAAUCAUCCUUAUUGAAUUUAAAAUAUUACCGUGGAAUUUAAGACACUCAUCACAAAAUUCAGCACUCAUUUGGUUUGGUACGGGUGUCAAUCGUGCAGUAAACCAGUUAAAACCGCAAGCGUAAACAUGCGCUUAAAAGAAUACCCCACAAUAAUAUUGGAUACAAUACCAAAGUUGUAUGAAAGACAAAUCAAUGUCUUUAUUACGCACCUCUAUGGCAUAGAGGCGCAAGUAGAGCGUUUGCCAAAAAAGUUCUGCAAAAUGUACACGACCCAACCGCUGGCUAAUCAACUUCUGGAAUAUCUUGGAUCUCGUGGCGCCAAUAUUUCUUCAGAAGAUUUUCAUAUAGUUCCGGAGGGCAAACCGUUCUCGAUUCGUCUAAGCGAUGGAAAGCGUUUGGAGAUUAUGUUAUGUGCCGGCAAUGUGCUUGCCAAUAGUCUUAUGCUUUUAAUUCGGAGAUUGCGUGGCGGAAGAUUACUUUACUACUAUUCUGCCGUGCAGCAGGAUGACCUCAAUUACUUGAUGGGUAAUACGACUUUUCAGGAAUGGAUUGCACUUGGUACCGAAGAGCUCUUGCUAAAUCUUCAAGCUGCUCAUCAGCCCUUUGAUCAUAUAGACUUUGAACAGAUUGCCGAGCAAAUUUCAAAAUUUUGUAAAGAUAAUGACAAGGUGCCAGUGAUUGAAGUGCCUCAGUUUGGUUACGAACUGCUCAUUCGAAAGUUAGCUGAAACGUCUGCCUUAUUUGGUCAUAUCAAAUUGCUAGACAGUUUUCUAAAAAGUUAUCGCUGCCUAACUUCUGAUCUGAGAUAUUUCCACAGAAGUGGAUACACGAUAUCCUUGGCAGUUAACCAUAAGAGCAGCAUUAACAUUCACAAUUCUGAAAUAUCUUAUCCUCUUUCCAAACUUAAAUGGUCUCCAGUUCCAAAUCGCAUAAAUCUUAUACAGAUUUGUAGCCUAUUGCGCCCACUUCAUAUAAGUGGAAUAGUUGGUUAUCACGAAAAAGGCAACGUAACCCCAGUACCUGAGUUUCUCAAAAAGUUCAAGUGUUCGAAUGCGAUUGUUUCAAAAACGCAGGUUAUACAAGAAUCCGUUGAAAGCAAAUUGUGUCCUACCAAAAGACGUAGAGACUAUGAAAAUGAACCUAUUUUUUUCACAAAGUCUAAAAAACUUGCCUAUGUGGAUGACGAUGAUAUCAAUUAAUUAAGAAUAAUAAUAGUAAUAAUAAUAAAUUAAUAAAGAAAUGAUGAAAACGAUAAAUAUCAGUUGAAAAUAUUAUUUUUAAUUGUAUUUAAUUUACUGCAUAAUAGCUUGUCAUGUCAAAAAUAUGUAUACAAGAACUAAUAUAAAAGCAAUAUAUGCGUAAUGAAGCUAUUGUCAUUUAAUUGAUUUCAAUGUUUAUAUUUCAAUUUACAUAUUUAAACAAUUAAUAUACGUAUUUGCUUUAAUCGUGACUAUGACUUUCAAAUCGUUUGUUUCCUAUAUACAUAAUAGUAGA